UGCUCCGCUCGUGCUUCUGCUCCGCUCGUGCGUCCUCCCCCGGUUCCACCGUGCUCCGCAAACCGCGGAACAUGGCGGAGAACAUCCAUGUGGCCAUCCGGAUCCGGCCGAUGAGCGAGAACGAGGAAAUCACCAGCACCUGCGCGAUUUGCGUGCCCACCAGUCAGCCGACCGUGGUCGUGCAGGCAUCGGAUGGGCAAAUUAAGAGCUUCACCUACGACCACUGCUUUAGCUCCCUGGAGCCCAGCAAUGAUACGGGGACCCAAGAUGCGGUCUAUACCGAGUUUGGUGCUGACUUGGUGAAGAACGUGCUGGAAGGCUACAACUGUUGUCUCUUCGCCUAUGGACAAACCGGUGCUGGGAAGAGCCACACCAUGAUGGGCUAUGGCGACCAGCCCGGGGUGAUCCCUCGCUCGGUGGAGGAUCUCUUCGGGCAGAAGGGCCAGCUGCGCGGCGACGAGCUUCGGGUCUGGUGUUCCUUCGUGGAGAUCUACAACGAGCAGAUUCGAGACCUCUUGGAGCCCAGUGGCCUGCGACAAGAAACACAGAGUAGCCUCAGGAUCAUGGACCAUCCAGCGCUGGGCGUCAUCAUCCCCGGCCUGGUGGAGGCUGCGUGCCAGACCGUCCUAGAGGUCAAGAAGCUCAUCAAGUUUGGCCUCAAGAAGAGGGUGACCUCGGCCACGAUCAUGAACAACACCUCCUCCCGAAGCCAUGCCGUUUUCAUCAUCAAGGUGCAGCGGGUGGCGGGCGAGGGCCGGGUGGACUCGACCAAUGCAAGGAUGAACCUAGUUGAUUUGGCAGGCUCGGAGCGGCACAAAGCGGCCUUUAUCCACGGAGCCACCUUCAAAGAAGGAUGUGCAAUCAAUCAAUCCCUUUCUGCCUUGGCCCUGGUCAUCAAAGAGCUGGGAGAGCAGCAAGCACGCAGCCAGAUCAGGCAGCGCACUCGGAGCUUCAGUGGUGCCCUGCCGAUGACGGCCACGCAGACACCCAUGGAGGGCAAGGAGGUGGUGCCUUUUCGCUCCUCGAAGCUGACCUUUCUGCUGCGGGACUCCCUGGCGGGGAACUCGCGGAGCCGCAUGGUGGCGGCCGUCUCCCCCGCUGCGUGCAACGUCGAUGAGACCAUCAGCACCUUGCGCUUUGCAUCCUCGGUGAAGAAGGUGAAGACCAGCGCCUCCGUGAACGUGGACCAACGAAUGGGUGUGGUACAGCAUCUGCAGGCGGAGGUGCGUCGGCUGAAGGCCCUCCUAGCGGCCCGCGGAGUGGAGGUGGAUGCUUUAGGCGCCGGCUCGGUGCAGCAGGAGAUCGCCGACCGAGAGCACGUUUUGAAGACCUUGCGGCAGUCCUACACGGUGCAGCUGGAGGAGGCGCAGCUCUUGGCUUCGGCGCGGCAAGAGGCCUUGGACCAACAGGGCCUCAGCAGUGAGGAUGUGGAUGAAGUCUUCGGUCUCGAAAAGAACACGCCUCACUUGCUGAAUAUGAGCGAUGAUCCAGUGCUCUCAGGCUGCCUGGUCUAUUUCCUUCCGAAGGGCCAGCUGACCAAGUUGGGUAGUCACCCAGAGAACCAGAUCGUCAUCAAGGGCCUCGGGAUCUCGGACUUCGUGUGCCACUUCCGAAACCCCGACCAGCGACAGGUGGUCAUUAGCGUCCCCCGAGAGGAUGUCUCGGAGAGGUCCAGAGUGUUGGUGAAUGGACAGCUGCUGAAGCCGGACGAAGUGCGACGCUUGAAGCACUUCGACCGACUGCUGUUUGGGAGGGCCUGGAUGAUGCGUUUGGUGGUGCCCUUAGAGCAGCAGGACCUGGCUGCGAACAAGUCCCUCUCCAAUCACUCGGACACCGACUCCUCCGAGGAUGUGGAUGUGAAAGUCAUCAAGAAACGGAGUAUGCUGAAGCACGACACCAUGAAGCUCAUCUUGAACGACGAAAGUGAAGCCUGGAGUGAGUUGCGCUUGUACCUGGGCGACUUGUGGGAACGCUUGGGCGAAGAGCGCGGGAACGAGUUCUUCUACUAUCUCAGCAAGGCGGCCUACCUGGUGGAUGAGGCCAAUGACAUCACCACGGAGAUGCGCUCUGAGGACCGGCUGAAGUUUGAGGUGGAACUCGUUUGGGACAUCCACCGACACGUCUCUGACAUCAUCAUCAUCAUCCGCAUCACCCAGUGGAGCGCCGACGGCCAAGACGCCUCGGUGCUCUCCUAUUGGACGGUGGACAGCUUCAAGCAACGCCUGGAGAUGAUGCGGGACUGCUACGACACCUUCUGCAGUAAGGGACGGUGGACUGGCAAAGGCGACCCCCUCGAGGAUCCUUGGAUGGACCCAUCGACGGUGGAGCUGAUUGUCCAGAUGCACAAGUCCGUGGAAGAGCAGCUCCGCAUCGAGGAGCUGCGACAAAGCCUGUUGAGCUCCAAGUUGGAAAACGGCAACAAGACUGGCGCAGGCGAUCGCUCUCAAGCGCUCUCGGCCGCACAUUCGCGACAGAGCAGCAAGCGGCUGCAAGGUGUGAGCACCGUGAGCUCCCGUCAGAGCUCCAAGCUCUUCUCCAACACGCCUUCGGUGGUGAACUCAGGCCGGAGCUCGUUGACAGGCAAGGAGGUCCGCGCCAUCGGUCGGCUCGGCUUAGAGUCGGAGCCCGCUUCGCGGACCAGCAGCAAGCACUCGGUCUCCGUCGGAGGUCCCACAAAGACCCUGACACCACGGAAGGACUCCCGCCCGGCCUCCCCGCCGCCCACGCUGCCGCCCGCGCCGUUGCUGGCCGCGCCGCACUCGGCGCCGGCGACGCUGCGCGAGGCGACGGCGGGGUCCAGGGCGGAGGAGUCAAAAGAUGCAGAGAUUCAGGCGUUACGACAACAGCUGAAGGAGAAAGAGGAUGUGGAGUGCACAUACAAAGAUCGGAUCCAGGGCAUGGUCCGCCAGCUGCAGGAGCUGCAGAAGAGACACGGACCACUUCGAGACCUGUUGGGUGGUGUGCAAAGCGAGGGCUCGGCGCCCACGACGCGGCGCUUGAACACGUUCCCCGGGGGCGGCUUCCAUAGCUCAGGUAGCGAAGGGCGGAGCGGUGUCUUCUCCGUGGGCGGCGGUCUCGUGCCGCUGCUGCGGGAGGUGCGCGAACCGCUGGCACGACCACGGUCGCCCAGUGGUCCAGCAGGCACCUCGACGGCGCCCUUGAGCCCGCCGCAUCCCAUGCGCACGGCGUCGGUCGCCUCCAAUGGCUACUCCACGAUGCCACUGCCGUCGCCGCGGUCGCCAAACUCGUGGGUGCACUACACGCCACGAGCCCUGCAGACAUUGGUUUGAGGACCGCCAGGAUGAGCUGAGAGGACCUGCGAGGACGGGAUGAGUUAGCUGGGUUGGCAAAUGAGGACGAAGUCCCUGGGC